AUGCCAGACUCUCAAACUACUAUUGCCACCUCUCAAAAUAUCGCCACCUCUCAAAAUAAGGAGACGGUUAAGUUGAAAAAACAUCGCAAAUACUGGUGGAAAACCGGCAAAUACCACCAAAAGGCCAAUUGGGAAGAAGCAAGAAGUGUUCGUGCCAUUAUCUGGCAAAUUCAUAGGGCAACUGAAAAUGCGAUGUGUACUAAUUAUGACAUUGUUGACUUUGGAACAACAACAACAAGGUCACAUGAAAUCGCUAAAGAAGCGGAUGCUUCAUUUCGAUCAGUGGCAAAACCUCGAGUAAAUAGAGGCGGAUCUGAUGGAAAGAAUCAGCCUUGGCCAAAUUUAGUAGCAUAUGCAGAAACGGAAGCGCAUGUCAAGGAUAAAGUUGAAAAGUAUUGGUUUAUGAAUGGCCGAGCUCAUGAUGUUAUUGUGAUUAAAAUAGAACCUAUCACAUCAGUUACAACUCCAAUGUGCAUGACUGUAAGUAUGAUAAAGGGAUUCAACUCUGCUCAAUUUGCUUUGACACUAUCUGAAUAG